AUGUACGGCGGAUUUCAACAACCAAUAAGUAGACGUGGCUCAUCAGUUAAUCAAUUACUAAGCAAUGGAUCAAUUAAAUGGCAACAAAGUGGAGUUGUAGUGGCCGGUGAUAAUCUAGGACGAGCAGGUGGAGAUGCUAAUCUGUUAAAUAAUCCAUCUAAUGUUGCAUUCGAUAGUAGAAAUCAAUAUUUUUAUGUAAUAGAUGAUGAAAACAGUCGUUUACAACGAUAUUCAGUUAAUAAUGGUGGUGAUCGUGCUGGAACUACAGUAUACAAAUUGGAUGAUAGCCCUGUACCUUCUCCGUGGGAUCCCAGUGAUAGAAGAAAUAGACCAUCAGCAUUAUUUAUCGAUACUAGAGAUAAUAUAUAUAUUGCUGAAAUGUAUGCUCCACGUCGUAUACUAAGGAUAUCACCAGAUGGAAGAGCAACAACAGUGAUUGAUCCAAGAAAUAGUAUUCUUCAAUCUUGUUCAGGAAUAUAUGUUGAUAGAAAUGGAAAUAUUUAUGUGUCCGACUGGCAACAAUCUGCUGUAUUGAAAUUUGAUCAAAAUGGACAAAACGGCGAGAUAGUAGCCGGUGGUAAUGGCUACGGUCAUGAACCCAAUCAAUUGUAUCAUCCAAUGGGUAUUUUUGUUACCGAAAAAACUGGUAAUUUAUACGUUGCUGAUUAUGUUAAUCAAUGUGUUCGACGAUGGUCACCUGGUAGUAAAGAAGGUGUAGUUGUAGCCGGUGGAAAUUUUCCAGGAACUGAUUUGAAUCAAUUAAAUUAUCCAUCGUCAGUUUUUGUUGAUGAUGAUGAAAGACAAAUUUAUGUAGGUGAUUCUAUAAAUGCGCGUGUUGUUCGAUGGUCAGCAGGUGCACAACAAGGAGAAAUUAUUGUAGGUGCUAACAAUCUCACUAGUGAAUCAAGGGAAAUAUGUCGUGUUAGUGGAUUUAAAUUCGAUCAAAAUGGAAAUCUAUAUAUUGCAGACAAUUAUGGAAAUCGAAUUCGAAAGUAUAUGGUUGACAAUUAA